CUCAAGCUGACGUCAGGGUCUGUCUAUCUGUGUGGGUGUGUGUAUGUGUGUGAGAGAGAGAGAUGUGUGGUGUGGUUUUGAGGGCUGAUUUUGUUUAGACAGGAAUGCAGGAAAUCCGAAGGGUUUGAGAUUGAUGUGACGGAUCUGCUAGUCUCCACUAUACACACAAACACACACAAAGCCAGACACAGACACUCGCACAGACAGAGGGGCCACACUGGCGAGUGUUGUGUGUGUGGGUGUGCGUGUGCGCGCGCGUCUGUGUCUGAGCGAUAGAGUCCAGUAGCAAAGGCGGAAGGGCUGGAAUGAAGGAGAGUUCAACAUGAGUGUGCCUCUGCUGAAGAUCGGAGCUGUUCUCAGCACGAUGGCUAUGGUAACGAACUGGAUGUCGCAGACUUUACCCACCCUGGUGGGACUGAACGGCACCAAACUCAGUUCAUCAAGGAACACCCAAAAAAUAACUCUUUUCCCAAGUCCCGAGGAAGGCUGGGAAAUCUACAGUUCCGCCCAGGAUCCAGAUGGGAAGUGCGUCUGUGCAGUAGUGGCCCAGCGGAGUAUGUGCUCGCGGGAUGCACGCAGUAAGCAACUCCGACAGCUGCUGGAGAAGGUUCAGAACAUCUCACAGUCAAUCGAGGUCCUGGAUCUACGCACCUAUCGUGAUCUCCAGUAUGUUCGGAACACAGAAUCACUGAUGAAGGUUCUCAACGCCAGGUUGAAAGUCGUAUCAGAGAGCCAAACAAACCUGUUGAACAGAAAUUUCCAGGAACUAAAGGAGAAGAUGAAUGAAUUGUUGCCACUGAUACCAGUCCUCGAUCAAUACAAAUCGGAUGCCAGAUUGAUUCUAAAGUUAAAGGAAGAAGUUCGGAACCUCUCGGUGGUCCUGCUGGGAAUCCAGGAAGAAAUGGGUGCCUAUGACUAUGAGGAACUACAGCACCGAGUCAUGCUUCUUGAGCAGAGACUCCAUGCCUGUAUGCAGAAACUGGGCUGUGGGAAGCUAACGGGGAUCAGCAACCCAUUCACUGUCCGGGCUUCGGGCUCCCGCUUUGGGGCAUGGAUGACCGACACUCUGGCGUCGAGCACAGAGAAUCGGUUGUGGUACAUGGACGGCUACCUGAACGGUCGGACGGUGCGCGAGUUCCGCUCCUUCAACGACUUCGUCAAGGGGGAGAAGUUCGUCAUCUACCGCCUGCCUCACCCUUGGGCGGGAACGGGUCACGUGGUCUUCAACGGCUCGCUGUACUACAACAAGUACCAGAGCAACAUCGUCAUCAGGUACCACUUCCGGUCGCGCAGCAUCCUGGUCCAGCGGAGCCUGGACGGGGCGGGCUACAACAACACCUACCCCUACUCGUGGGGAGGCUUCUCCGACAUAGACCUGAUGGUGGACGAGAGCGGCCUGUGGGCCGUCUACACCACCAACCAGAACGCGGGCAACAUCGUCAUCAGCCGGCUGGACUCCCAGACGCUGGAGAUCCUCCAGAGCUGGGACACGGGCUAUCCCAAGCGCAGCGCCGGUGAGUCCUUUGUGAUCUGCGGCACUCUGUACGUGACAAACUCCCACCUCGCCGGCGCCAAGAUUUACUUUGCCUAUUACACCAACACAUCAAGCUACGAGUACACUGAUAUCCCAUUCCACAACCAGUACUCACACAUAUCCAUGCUGGACUACAACCCGAGAGAUCGAGUUCUUUAUACCUGGAAUAAUGGUCACCAGGUUCUCUACAAUGUCACCCUUUUCCACGUCGUAAAGACGUCGGGCGAGUUGUAAUGUUGUGACAGGACACUCCUUUUUACAUUUAAACAUACUGAUACUUAAAGGGGAAAAAAAAAACAAGACUGUUCAGUGUGAGUGCGCAUGUUUUUUUUUGUGUUACCAAACAAUAAAGUUUAACUUUGAAAUGGACAAAUUAGUUGGUGUCUUACGGAUGACCUCAGUUCAAGGGCCCAGCCAAUUUUAAAAGCCUGAUUGAAACAAGCAGAGAAUGCUCAAGAGACUCAGCAGGUCUGGCAACACACAUGAAGGAGA